GACGUGCAACGAGGUGCCAACACUGUGUGACGUGAACGCAGACUGUGUGCAUGAUGCUGCGUCGGAAAGCUACCACUGUCGGUGCAGGCAGGGCUUCCGUGGCAAUGGAAAGCGAUGCGCAGAUGCCGACCAACUGCAAGGUGAGUUCCUGCUGUAUGGACACGGAAUGUCGGUAAUGCAGAUACCUUACGAACCGACAGAAGAGAACCGAGGCAGGCAAGCGACAAUGGUGCCGGGAGAGAUUGCGGUUGCGCUGGAUGUUGACUGUCAGGAGAGAUAUUUCUAUUGGACCGAUCAAGCAAAUGGUAACAUCCGGCGUGCAACGUACGAUGGAAAGGACAGCAGAAUUAUCAUCGCUGGGCUGAAGUCGCCAGAGGGCAUUGCGAUCGACUGGGUGUCCCGUAAUAUGUACUGGACAGACGCUGAGUUGGAUACAAUUGAAGUUGCGAAAUUGGAUGGUACCAGCAGAAAGGUGUUGGUCGCCACAGAACUGGUUAACCCACGUGCGAUUGCCGUCGAACCGUAUAAAGGACGCUUGUUCUGGAGCGACUGGAACAGGGAAAAUCCCCGCAUCGAGACGUCCUGGAUGGACGGUGACUACAGGGAAGACUUCGUCACGGGCGAUCUCAGCCUCCCCAACGCACUUACGAUAGAUUUCAACAACGAGGAGCUGUGUUGGGGCGAUGCGGGAACACACCGCAUAGAGUGCAUUGGCCUGGAGGGCAGCGGAAGACGUAUCGUGUACAGCAUUGCUGACUAUCCAUUCGGACUGACUAACUUCGGUGACUCCCUCUAUUGGACAGAUUGGGACAGCAACGAGUUAAACAAGGUUAACAAACUGGGAGGUCUUGCGACUGAGAUGAAGCCCCGGCCACUUGGUGGCAAUGGUCGGCUGUACGGAAUCGUAGCCGUGAAGAGCACGUGCCCACGAGCCACUAAUGCUUGCGCACAACGAAAUGGCGGUUGUGAUUCCCUAUGCUUGCCAACUCCACAUAACGGACGUACAUGCGCCUGUCCAGAUGACAACAUCGGGUGCCAGCGGUUCUUCUUUAGAAAAUAAACACGAGGAGCAACAUGUGUCGGGGUCGUUUAUGACAAUAUGCUUAUAUACGUGUAUAUUGUGCCUGUAAACGCGUUUGUUUAAACUAUGAGCUGCGGCAAACUGCUUAAUCGUUAGUCCAUGAUUAUGUUUUAAUGAUUUAUUUAGCCAGUCGCUUGAUUUUAUAGGGUAAUUGUACUUGUGCUUUUUUCCUCAACUCGUACCAGACUCGCAUAUUUAGCAAUCUGUAUACAACUAUUUCUACCAUAGCAUCUUCGGUUAUCGAGGAUGCAUUCCCGUUUAUCCGCUUAAAAAUGUAAUGUUGUGAUGUGUUUUACGUUUGGGGAUAUUCGUUAUCGCAAAUAAGUGGCAUUUUUACAGUGAAUGCUCCCGUUGUAUGGCGACACUGAUGCGUGGGUGCGUGGAGAUUGUUUAGUAAUUGCUCACAUACUGAUUAUCAACGCGAGCUUCAAACGAACAAAUAGAGACUGAACUAGUUUUUUAAUACAAUUACAUUUUAUCCUGGCUUAUAAGCGUAUCGACAUGUAUGCCAGUGUGUGACAUUUGUAAUGAGAUUGUAUCAUUUUAUAGUUUGAUUAUAAUUCGAUGUAGCAUCGCGCUCCCCAGACAAUUAUAACUUUUCGAUAUGAGUGCCAAAUAAAUGUUUUUAAAAUGAAACUAA